AAAUAUAAAUUAAACAGAUACUAUAUUUUCCAUCAUGUUUCUCAGCAUGACAUAAUAUUACAAAAGAUAUAUCAUUAUAAAGAUAAAAUGCACGAUGAUGACAGAACAUGAUGCUCAGAAACAAAGGUUAGCUUUAAGCUCAGAGCAAUAUAUGUUACUAGAAGAACAACACGUGCUCGUGGAAAAUCUUAAACAAGACUUGCAUUUAUGCAAGAUAGAACAACAUAAUAUACGAGCCGAAUUAGAAAUUCUACGAAAUGAAGGCCAAAAAGUUGAUGAUAUAAAAGAAUCCUUAAAUCGUAUUCAUUUGGAAGAAUGCGAUAAUCAAGAUGCACAUAAAAAAGAAAUAGGGAAUUUACAAGAGCGUAUUGUAUUAUUAGAAUCAGAAAAAGAUUCGGCUAUGCAACUCUGGCAUAUUUCCUUAAAUACCAUAAGUGCCUUAGAGGACCAAUUAAAAGGACUUCAUAUAGAUGGAAAAGGAACAAAGUUUUAUCAAGAACAAGCUAAUGCUAUUAAAGAAAGUUAUUCAGAAGCUAUUAAAAUGUUGGAGGAAAAACUAGCCUUGGCCAAAGAUAAUUUCAUAAAAUAUCAAACACUGUAUGAAACAAAUAAAGAAAAAAUUAAUAAUUUGACUAAAGAAAAAGAUGAACUUUUGGAGAAAUAUAAAAAUCUUCAAAUGAAUACUCAAGAUAGAGAUAGGAAUAACCAACUGACAAUAGAAACAUUAAAACAAGAUUUAGCUUAUGCUAAAACAGAAACCAAUAAAAUAGUACAAACAAAAUUGGAAUUGGAAAAAAAAUUAAAUGAAGUUAAAAUAUAUGCUGAUAAUGUGAUGGAAAGAGACAAGGAAACAAAAAAAAAGAUGGCAGAAGCUAUUGAAUUAAUAGAAUCUGCAGUUAGGGAAAAAGAUAUAAUAUUACAUCGUGAAGCUCUUGUAUUGGAAGAGAAAACCAGAUUAGAACAUAGAUUAAAUGUAAUAGCUAAUGAAUAUGAUGGAAAAAUACAAGAGUUGAAUAAAAUUACUAGAGAUGAAAUUGAGCAAAAUACAAAAAAAUAUCUAACAGAGAUUAAUGAACUUAAAUCAGAAUUAAAGACAAAAAUUAUUGAAACGGAAAAAGCUCAAAGAGAAUUAAAAUUUAUCGAAGAAGAAUUGAAUAAAAUACGUAGAGAUUCUAGCGUGAAAAUAUUGGAAUAUGAACAAAAAGCAAAACGUAUGGAAUUUCAAUUACAAAUAUAUGAUGAAACAAUAGCUAAAAACAAAUAUGAUGUGGAAAUUAAACAAUUAAAAGAAAAAAUUAUUAUUCUUGAAGAUAAAUUAGGCAGUUCAAAUGAUAAAUUACAAAAGCUAGAGCAACAACAAACUAUUAACACGCAAGACCAAAUAAAAAAAACUGAUAGCGAAAAUAAGGAUAAAAUGAAACAAUAUUCUGAUUUAGAAAAUCAAUUAGCUAAAACAUUAGAUGAUAAGGAAAAUCUUGUAAUGCAAUUAAAAUCAUUGAAACAUGAUUUUGAAUAUGAAAUACAAAAAAGAGAUAAUGAAAAAUAUUCUCUUGAAAAUAAAAUUCGGGAAUUGGAAAUUAAUCUUCAUAAAGCAACUUGUAUAGGAGAAAAUAAUCAGAAAAAUAAUAUCACUAAUGAAAUAAAUCCAUAUAAUAUUAAAGCUAAACCUAGUUUUGAUAUAACAGUAGAAAACAAAUGUCAUUGUUGUCAAUCUGUAUUAUCAGAUCAUAUGAAUAAACUGCAGGAAAAGUUUGACAGGAAAACAAAGGAAUUAAUCAAUCAUGUUCAAAUUCAUCAAAAACUAAGUAAAAAAUGGAGAGACGAAGCAAAAUCUUUGACAGUUAAAUUUCAAGGAAAAUCUAAGGAACAAAGGGGAAAGAUGAAUAUUUUACAAAAAGAAAACAAUGAAUUACAUAAAGAAUUAUUAAAUUGCAAACAACAAUUGGCACAACAUGCAAUUCAAGAUAUACAAAAAAUUAAUGAGCCAAAUGAAAUUAGGUGACAAUAUUUUUCUUUACUUACAAGAAAUUUAUAAUGGAUAUUUAACUGUGUAUAUGUUACAAGAAUAAUGUAAAUUUAUUCACAUUAAAAAUACAUUUUAUAUUGCAAAUAUCUUAUUCUUUUAAAACACUGU